AUGAAGUCCGUUCAACUGAUCGCUGCAGCGUUUGUCCUAGGCCUGGUUCAGCUGGCCAGUGCCCAGCAGAUCGGCAUCGGUGCCUGCCCAAACCAUCCGGUGCACGUAAACUUCGACGUUCCCCGGUACCUGGGGCUCUGGUACGAGAUCCGUCGCUACGAGCAGGUGUUCCAGCUUGGUGGCGAGUGCGUUACCGCCGAGUACUCACUGAACGCCGACGGAAGUGUGCGCGUGUUCAACUCCAUGGUGGUCCCACCGGCUCAGGCUCGCUCGUCCGACAUUGGCAACGCUGUCAUUGCCUUCCCGGAUGAGUCCCCGCUGGAGGCCAAGCUGAACGUCACCUUCGGAACAAUUGCUUUCGUUGCCCCAGAUCCCGACAUUGACAUUUCGGCCAACUACUGGGUACUUGGUACGGACUACGACAGCUUUGCCGUCGUCUGGGGUUGCUUCGGAGUCGGCGAUACGCUGCGUGCCGAAAGUGCCUGGAUUCUCUCCCGUACACCCCAGCUGAGCCCGGCCGCGUUGCAACAGGUGCAAGAGUACGUCAACCUGUAUCUAGAUGAGGAUGAUCUCCGAACGACUAUUCAGGAUCCUCAGUUCUGCUGCUCGGUUGAUCCUGAGGUGACCUCUUUCCCUCCAUGUCAAUAA